AUGCUACGCAAAGGCGUGCGGACAAAUCAAACAGAUCUUCGCCGUUUGUUUGAUACUCUCAAGUCCCUCCGCAACCAACGUACUGCAAUUACCGAACUCCCAACACCAAGAACCCGUGCAAAUGAGGGCACCAGAACUACUGUUCUGGAAGGAGACAAGAAAGAAUGGGAUUCAAUAGAGGCGAUGGAGGCUGCGGAUGUCAUUGAUGACAAUGAGCCGAGAAUCAGGGUUUUUCGCCAGACAAUCAAGCCCCCAGAGCUUUUAAAGCAACCGCUCGAGUCACUGUCUGAAACACCAAUUCUAGAUGCCGCAACUGGGUUGAACAAAUCAGUUUCGUCAGCGGUCAGUUUGACAAAAGUAGAGCUGCAUUACCUUCGGAAACUGACAAAUGCGCUGAAUUUCCUUGCGCAUUCGCCUAUAAGCGUCAUGAAGGAGAUCUUCUAUUGGCUCGAAAGAUUCAGGCCGAAUCCGAAGGUUUUGCAGCUCCUCACUCCGCAUGCGUGGUCGCUUUUGUGGGCGUUAGAAACCAGCCAGAUUCCUACAUUUCGGAGUAAAUUAAUUGGGGAUAUGAUGGUUUCUGCGGGAGUUGAAUUGAACGAGGAUCAAAAUAUCGCCUAUAUUGGCGGUUUGUACUGGAACGGAGCUAGCAAGGAGGCACUCACAAGAUGGAUGCAUGGGACCAAGAGGUGGAGAGGAUCUGCUAAACACUGGAACCUUGGGAUCCGGAUGUUCUCGCUCAACCAGGAACCCUAUGUAGCAAAAUAUUGGCUUGGCCAGAUGAUCACUGCCCUUGGCCAGGCUGAACCUAAAUCGUUCAUUCCAGUCAUCAUGUCCUUUAAUCAUCUAUAUCACCCACAAAGGGCCUGGGAGACAUAUAAGGAGAUGCGGGGAUGGAUGAAACGUACCAACACUAAGCUCACAAUAUCGCAAUACGAUACUAUUUGCAUGUCAUUCCUUGACAGCGGCCAACAGAGGUAUGGCCUGGAUGUUUAUAAACAUAUGAUUUUUUCGGUGCCCAAGGCUCUCGAAAGAAUGCAGACAGAUAUCUACGAAAACUUAUCGAGCGCAGUAGUCGGGGCACAAGAAACGAUAAAUUCUCCAAAAAAGUUGGCGAACCUCUCACUUGAGUCGCUCCGGGAUCUUCCGCCAAAGAUCCAGGACAAGUAUUUUUAUGGAAGCUGGCUUAAGAACUCCAUACGUAUGGGUAGGACGGAUCUUGCGUGGUACUUAGUCCGCGAGGUGAUGAUCGAGAGAGAUUUCCUACCGGAUUCGACACAUUACAACUGCAUUCUUCAAGGGUUUCUGGAUGAAAAAAAUGUUGAGAUGGCAGAGCAGAUAGCAGAAGAAAUGAUCAAGUCUCGAUUUCAUCAGCUGGAGAUGGAUAAAGAGAAGAAGGAGUGGAAAGAUUGGACAAGUAAAGCAGCUUCCACAGUUGAAAUUGACCCCGCGAUAAGUACCCCCACGAAGGGUACUCUUACUCCCAGCACAACACCUCCAGCAACUAUACAAACCUUCUCCCUCCUCAUCAAUUACUACUCCCGUCGCAACCGCAUGGAAAAAGUCGUCGCCUACACCUCCACAAUGUCAUCGUGCCAAAUAUCACCAAAUUCCUACAUUUUCAAUCACUUACUCUACUCGCUUCUCCGUGUCCAUGAUAUCCCGCGUCUUAUGCGGACAUAUCUCAUGAUUUUAUCUUCGGCAGAUGUAAAACCAGAUAUGGAAACAUGGAAUAUCAUGUGGAUGACUACAUGGAAGCGUUAUACCCAGAGGCACCGAAGAUUCGAUGAGCUAUUGUCCCCACGGGCGCUUUUCGCGGAUAUGGCCAAACGGCUUAGUAGAAAGCAGAUCAAGGGAGAUGAAGAAAAAGAGAAAAUGAAAAAUAUGUGGCACACAGUUAUGAAAUCAUUCAUGCUUUCUAGAGACUUUCCUGGCGCCCUCAUAGCUCUACAUGUUGGCAUAAAAUUGUGGGACAUGAAGGUGGAUGAUACAGUAGUGAGGGAGAUUGUAUUUGGGACUAUGCGGGCUGGUUCUUGGGAUCCGGAUCGUGAGGAGAGGCCAAGGAUCCAUCCAGAGAUGAUCGAUGGCUGGGUGGAGAGAUUGCGGUCACAGGCAAGGUACUUUUUGAGGCACAGGAGGAGGAGAGGUGAUAGGAAGACGGUAGGGUUAUGGAGGAGCGUGAAGGAUCCAGAAGGGCUCUUGGAGGGAUUGACGUCGCUUUUGAGGGAUAAGUUAGGUGACGAAGCAAAGGUCAAGGAGAUAUCCGAAAGGGCCAAGGUAGAAAUGGGAGUAGAAGGUUUGAAGAUUGAUUAA